AUGUAUUAUCCCCUUCUUCUUUCCUCUUUUUCCUCCCACCACUGCUUCCACAUUUGCUUCCUUAUAUCUUUUCUUCUCUUUUUUUCUCUUUGUCUCGUUUUCUGCAGAUUUCUCGAAGUCGCAACACUCACUUCAGCAGCCAGUCUUCCAGGACCUUCUCUCUUGGCUGGCUCAACACAAGGUGGCAAGGCUAGUCUCUGUACGCGUCGUUCUCGCUUUCUUCCUAUAGCAACCAUUGUCUUGGCUGGCUCAACACACGGUAGCAAGGCUACUCCCUGUACGUGUCGUUCUCCCUUUCUUCCCAUAGCAACCAUUGUCUUGGCUGGCUCAACACACGGUGGCAAGGAUAUUCUCUGUACGUGUCGUUCUCGCUUUCUUCCCAAUGCGAUCAUUGUCUUGGCUGGCUCAACACAAGGUGGCAAGGCUAUUCUCUGUACGUGUCGUUCUCGCUUUCUUCCCAAUGCGAUCAUUGUCUUGGCUGGCUCAACACACGGUGGCAAGGCUAUUCUCUGUACGUGUCGUUCUCGCUUUCUUCCCAAUGCGAUCAUUGUCUUGGCUGGCUCAACACACGGUGGCAAGGCUAUUCUCUGUACGUGUGGUUCUCGCUUUCUUCCCAAUGCGAUCAUUGUCUUGGCUGGCUCAACACAAGGUGGCAAGGCUAGUCUCUGUACGCGUCGUUCUCGCUUUCUUCCUAUAGCAACCAUUGUCUUGGCUGGCUCAACACACGGUAGCAAGGCUACUCCCUGUACGUGUCGUUCUCCCUUUCUUCCCAUAGCAAACAUUCUCUUGGCUGGCUCAACACACGGUGGCAAGGCUAUUCUCUGUACGUGUGGUUCUCGCUUUCUUCCCAAUGCGAUCAUUGUCUUGGCUGGCUCAACACAAGGUGGCAAGGCUAGUCUCUGUACGCGUCGUUCUCGCUUUCUUCCCAUAGCAAACAUUCUCUUGGCUGGCUCAACACACGGUGGCAAGGCUACUCUCUGUACAUGUCGUUCUCACUGA